UCACUAUGUGAUAACCAAGCUCAGGAUCUUUCCCCGAAACCCUAGUCCUCCUGGGUUCACCACUGGUGGUGGUGGUGGAUGGGCAGAGACAGCCAGACCCCGGACACUGCCUGGCCCUCUCAACUCCCCACACCGUUCCUCCUGUAUCUCUGCCUCAUUCCCUCCUAUCCAUCUACCCACUUCCACAGCCCGCUCCAGGCUCUGGUCUCAUCUUCUUCCACUUGGACCACUGUUCCAGCCUAAGCUUCUCAUUCCUGGAUGCUAGAAGACCCUGUGGGACCAGGAGCGCCCCAUGACGGGAGUUCUGAGGAGCCUAGGGCCAUGGCGGACUCGAAGCUGCUGGUGCCGGAGCUACGCGAGGCAGAGAAGAUGGGCGCUGAGACCGCGCGUUUUGAGGAGCUGCUGCUGCAGGCCUCCAAGGAGCUCCAGCAAGCCCAGACAAGCAGACCAGAAUCUACACAGAUCCAACCGCAACCUGGUUUCUGCAUAAAGACCAACUCACCUGAAGGGAAGGUGUUCAUCAAUAUCUGUCACUCUCCUUCCAUCCCUCCUCCGGCUGACGUGACUGAGGACGAGCUGCUUCAAAUGCUGGAGGAAGACCAAGCUGGGUUUCGCAUCCCCAUGAGUCUGGGAGAGCCUCAUGCUGAACUGGAUGCAAAAGGCCAGGGUUGUACCGCCUACGACGUAGCUGUCAACAGCGACUUCUACCGGAGGAUGCAGAACAGCGAUUUCUUGCGAGAGCUGGUGGUCACCAUUGCCAGGGAGGGCCUUGAGGACAAAUACAGCCUGCAGCUGAAUCCAGAGUGGCGCAUGUUGAAGAACCGGCCUUUCCUGGGCUCCAUCUCCCAGCAAAAUAUCCGCUCCCAGCAGCGUCCUCGGAUCCAGGAGCUGGGAAACCUGUAUAUUCCUCACUCCCUGAGACCUGAGGAAGGCCCAGAGAAGCCUCACCUGAACCUUUGGCUAGAAGCCCCUGACCUCCUCUUGGCUGAAAUUGACCUCCCCAAACUGGAUGGAGCUCUGGGGCUGUCGCUGGAGAUUGGGGAGAACCGCCUGGUGAUAGGGGGCCCCCAGCAGCUGUACCAUCUGGAUGCCUAUAUCCCCCUGCGGAUCAACUCUGAGGAGAGCAAGGCAGCCUUCCAUUGGAAGAGAAAGCAAUUGAUGGUGGCCAUGCCCCUUCUGUCUGUGGCUUCUUGACUGGGUUUUUUCCUGUGCUUCCAAGUGGAGAGAAGAGGCUGGCGGGGGCUUCUCUGAAAUUGAAAUAAAAGAUUUUUGCCUUU